GAAGUUUCUUGGGCCCCGGGCGCCCGGCGGGACAGAAGACAGCAAGCCGCCGCCCGGCUGCGCGUAGAUGGAGCAAGCGGAGCCCGCGCAACGCGGGCAGCAGUAAGCGGCGAAGCCGCCGGACCUUGCAAACUCGCCAUGGAGGAGGAGAGUAUAAAGGAGGGGAGCGAGAAGCCUCGUGGAGCACGGACUGCAGACAAGGCUGGCUGGAUCAAGAAGAGCAGUGGGGGGCUUCUGGGUUUAUGGAAAGACCGCUACUUGCUUCUCUGCCAAGCCCAGCUGCUGGUCUACGAGAAUGAGGAUGAGCAGAAAUGUGUAGAGACGGUGGAACUUGGGAGCUAUGAGAAGUGCCAGGAUCUCCGGACUCUCCUCAAGCGGAAACAUCACCGCUUUAUCCUGCUGCGAUCCCCAGGGAACAAGGUCAGUGACAUCAAAUUCCAGGCCCCCAGUGGGGAAGAAAAGGAAUCCUGGAUCAAAGCUCUCAACGAAGGGAUCAACCGAGGCAAGAACAAGGCUUUUGAUGAGGUAAAAGUAGACAAGACCUGUGCCCUAGAGCAUGUGACACGGAACCGGGUACGUGGGGGCCAGCGGCGGCGGCCACCAACAAGAAUCCACUUAAAGGAGGUAGCCAGUGCGGCUUCUGAUGGGCUUUCACGGCUGGACCUCGAUGUCCCAGACAGUGGACCACCAGUGUUUGCUCCUCUCAGUGACAUCAGUGAAGACCAGCCCCAGGAGCCACCUCGGGCUCUCAUGCCUCCUGUCAAGCCUUCCCCAGGACCAGAGACCUCUGCAGUUGAGGACAGCAAGGAGACUCCUGCAGGAGAGAGAGCCCUAACCCCUGACUCUGCAAGCUCUGGGGCCAAUCCUGAGAGCCAAGAGGAUGCAGAGACCCCAGCAAAGGAGGACAGUGACGUGAAAAGUCUCCCCAACAGCACCUUGUCUGAGAAACUGAAGGUGAGCUGGGAGAACCCCAGCCCAGAGAAGCCUUCUGCUCCUGAGAGUGCACAGUUGUCCUCUUCGGAGACUCCAGAGGCUACCCCCAGGGAGAGCAAAAAGCCCCCUGCACCCCCUCCCAAGAUCCUGUCGGAGAAGAUGAAGGCUUGUAUGAGUGGAGUGGAUGCUUCUGGUUCAUCCCAGAGUUCUGAGGCCCCCGAGACCACUUCCCCAGAGCCGACCCAGGUGUCUGUGAAUGGCAUGGAUGAUGGUCCUGAGUCGGCCUUACAGGCCAUGGGCAUCCCUGGACCUGCCCCAGAGGAUGCGGCAGCAUCCCCAGCACUGCCCUUCUCGGACUUGCCAUCCCAGUUUCAUCCUCGCUCCUCUUCCCUUGGGGACCUACUCAGAGAAAGCCCUCAGCAUCCACGACUGCCCAAGGAGAAGUUGUAUCGGGCCCAGCUGGAAGUCAAGGUGGCUUCGAAACAGACAGAGAAAUUGUUGAACCAGGUGCUGGGCAGCGAACCACCGCCUGUGUGUGCCGAGUCAUUGCUCAGCCAGGCUGUAGAGCAACUGAGGCAGGCCACACAAGUCCUGCAGGAAAUGAGGGAUUUGGGAGAACUGAACCAAGAAACCCCUGGGCUAGUGCAAAAACGGAAGGAGCUGGUGACCCUCUACAGGAGAAGUGCACCCUAGGCCUGCUAAGCCCUAGGCACCUACCCCCCAAGUACCCCCAUCUGUCACUACCCAACCUUGCUAAGAAAUGAGCUACAGCUCAGACUGUAGACGCACCACUGGGUACAUCAAGUUUGGCCAGGACUUGAGGCUCCUGAUGGCCUUUCUACUCUACCCUAGCCUGGGGCUACCUGUCUGGCCUCUUCUCUAGGCUCUGGGCUUGGGAUGGAGCAUAGUCCUGUGGUCUGUGUGGUUGAUGCAGACUGCCCCCAGGGCUUUGGCACCAUGGUUGGAGUUUCCAGGAUGGCACCGUCUGUUCUCACUGCCAACGGUUUACAUUCCUGACUUCCGGGUAGAGCCCAGCUGACCUGCCUGAGGCUCCCAUCUUCUGGUCUUCAGGCAGAUUCCCACCAGCCACACCCACUUAAGAGUAUCUAGAGGGGCCUUGGGUCUGGCUGUAGUGAAAUAUGUGGCCUUUAGCUGGAGCCUAAAGAUGGCUAAGGGUCUGGGUGAAGGGGCUCUUUACUCUGGUUUGUUGCCCUCUCUGCAAAUCGAGGGUCUUCUCUGCAGCAUCCCUACCCCUGUUGGAGAGCUGUAAUUAGAUGCUCAGAUCUCAAGGCUUCCGAGGGGGGAAGAGAAACUCAGGCUUCCUGGUACAGUCUCUGCUUCUGGGCCAGCUUCUGUCCAGCCUUGCACAUUCCUGAAGAUGAAAACCCUAGAGUGGGCCUGUGUUAACAGUUGAAAAGCCUGUAUGAAAUUAUCAUUAAUCAACCUUUAGAGGCCCCACCCCCCACCCCUGCCUUCUGUGCCUCCCAGAUGGGAUUUAUCAGAGUCUCUGUGGUUCUUCCUCAGCUGGAACCGUUCUGAUAGCCACCCCUUUUUUUCCACAUGCUGGAGUCUGAUCCACCUAUCAGGCCCCUGGUGGGCUGCCCCUCCUUUACUUCCUAGUGAGAGGAGUGUUUUCUCUCCUCCCUUUCCCUCCUCCCUUCCCCGUUGCCUCUGGCUCUCUGAGCGACCCUUGAGUCUCCAGCACACUGCUGUGGCAGCCAGCAGGACUGGGCAGGACCUCGCUGGAGGAAGGAGCGGUCACAGAAUCUGCCCUGAGGAUUCCGCGUGUGCACUUUGUUUACUGGAAGAGAAGGGAGGGUCACAGCCACAUGAUGGCCUUUCCUCUCACCCUGCUCCCAGUCGCCAGUUGUGCCCACCAAGGCCUGCCAACCAGUGCAGGUUGAUGCCUUCAUUAUUGUACUGGCCCUUUCUAGCUGUGGGGAGUGGACAGGGGCAGAGUAAACAGCCUUGUCUUGCCUCACGGCCCCUCCCCCCACCCCCGUCAGCCUCAAACCUCACUCCUUGGGCUCCUAUGCCAGCCUGCCUUUCCCUCCAUCUCCUGUACAAGAGCAAGAAUGUCCUCAGGUGUCCAGUCUUGAUCCCCUGCCAUCUUCCCUUGGGAACAAUCAUCCCCUACAGCAACAAGGGUGCUGUACUUCUUCCAAGUCACCUGCUUCCAGGAAUUAGAGCCCGGCCGUGCUGUCAAGCGACUAGUCAAGUCGACUAGUCGGGCAAGUAGUUCUGGGGUUACUGCCUUCAUGGCCAGUGCCAUUGCCAUUGGUCCCCAUGCUGGUGGGGUGGAGUGGGGAUGGGGACUGCCAAGGCUGUCUCCCUGCCCUUACGAUCCACCUUUCUUGUCAUUUGGCAAUAAACCUCAUUUUAUGGAACUUCUCUGGCCCAAGCCUGUAUGUUGUCAUGGGAGCUAGCCUGAGGCUGGACUCCAGGGAGUAAAGGGCUGUGGCCGCUGACCAGUGGUAUCACCAGCCUUGCAAACUCAGUUCCAUAAAGGUAGUCCUCACGGUCCUUUAAACACUUAAAUAUGUACUUGUAAAAAAUAAGUCAAUCUAGACUGGGCAGUGGUGGCACAGGCCUUUAAUCCUAGCACUUGGGAGGCAGAGGCAGGUACAUCUCUUGAGUUCCAGGCCAGCCUGGAUUUGGAAUAUACAGAGAUAAUAGCAGAUGUAAAGUUAGUUUAAUAUUUGUUGGAGUUCUUUCUUUCUUUUACUCUUCCUUUCUUUCUUUCUUUCUUUCUUUCUUUCUUUCUUUCAAGACAGGGUCUCACCAUGUAGUGCUGGUUGUUGUGGAACUCAAAUAGCUCUAUAGACACAGAGAACUGUAUAGACCAGGGGUGGGUUCAACUCACAGAGGCCUUCCUACCUCUGUCUUCCAAGUUGUGGGAUUAAAGGCAUGCACCAUCACACCCAGUAGCCAUUUAUUUAUUUAUUUAUUAUUCUGUAGCCUUAGCUGGCCACAGAUUCACAGCAGUUCUCCUGCCUCAGCCUCCAGAGUGCUGGAAUUCAGGUAUGCACUACCUCUGCCCAGUUUUUGUUAUUUUUGUUUUGUUUGAAACAGAGUUUCACUAUAUAGUCCUGGGUGGCCUGGAAUUGCCUAUGUAGACCACAUGCUAGCCUGAAACUCAGAGAUCUACUAUCUUCUUUAUCCUCCUUUUUAAUUUGAGACAGAUAGAAUCUUGAUAUAAAGCACAAACUGGCUUUAAACUCGGAUCCUUCGGCCUCAGCCUUUCUAGCACCAAGGAGAUAGAUAUGUACCACAGCUGUUGUGCCCUAACCCCUUAGGCUUUUUAAAAUUAACUCAGCCUGACCUUUAACUCUAGCUUAAGAUGAAUUUAAAGUCCUUAUGUAUCCACCUCUGAAGUCCUGGGAUUACAAAAAUGUGUGCCUAGAUGACAGCCAGCCCUCUCUUAUUAGUAAUAAACCUCUUUUGAGCUUGGGGUUUUGUCAUGAUUAAGCUGGAGCCUGGCAUGGUGGCACAUACCUUUGAUCCCAUCACUUGGGAGGCAGAGGCAGGCAGAUCUCUGAGUUUGAGGCCAAUCUGGUCUACAGAGUGAGUUCCAGGACUUCCAGAAACCCUGUCUCAAGGAGACAAACAAGUAAAAAGAGAAAGAGAAGAAAUUCCCAGCUGGAAGACUAUAUGGGUCCUAACAGUUUUUCAUCCAGGUUUCCUGUCCGGAGACCCAGAUCCUUGACAUCCUGUGCCUCAGUGAAGAUGUCCUUCUGGGGAUUGAACCUGUGGCCUUGAACAUGCUGUAAGUAUUCUUUCCACCAUGAAGCUCCGCCUCCAGCAUUAGUGUUUAUUGUAAUCACCUGAGCAACAAGUCUGAUUUUUAUUUUCCACUGUGUAAUGUUUUUCUUUGAUUGUUUUUUUUUCCUUUUGUAACAAGUGCUCUGGGAAGUAUAGAAGACCAAGGGUAGUAUGUUGUACCUCACUGCAUGGCCCCCCACUAUCUACUGACAACACUUGCAGAACAGGUGUUUACAUCAGUGAUUCCAAAAUGGUGGAAAGUUAGCUGUCUAACUUUCAGAGAUUGGGCCUGGUUAGGGGUGAACCUGGCCCACUGCCAUCAAAGCCCCAUGAACAGGAGUGCUCAGGAAAGCCCUGGGCUAGAGCUCAGGUCAGGCUGUCAGGAUGGAAGUCCCACCCAGGAACUUGUCUGUGAGGCUCAACUUUAAGGCG